AUGUAUAAAGGACUUCUUCUGUUGGCUGCGCUCUGCGUGACGAGCUGCCUUGCCGCUCCUGCCCCCGAACCUGCUCCUGCUCCUGCUCCUAGUAUAGGAUUGGGUCAUGAUUAUCUGGGCUAUGGCGGUCUGGGCUUGGGCUUAGGCCUGGGACACCUGGGUGGACACUAUGGUGGCCAUUAUGGCGGCUAUGGACUCGGCUUGGGACUCGGUCUGGGCCAUGCGCCCAUCAUCAAGUCCAUAGGCACGCCCAUCAUAUCGAAGACCAUCAUUGGUGGCUAUGGACUGGGACACGGCUACCUGGGCGGCUAUGGACACGGUCUAUACGGACAUGGACAUGGACUGGGCCUGGGAUUGGGAUUGGGCUUGGGUCUUGGCUAUGGACAUGGCUAUGGCUAUGGUCAUGGCUGGUAG